UGCCCAGUCGAUUGUGGUAGAUCAAAGAUAGCGCCGCUAGGCAAUCUUUGCCGUUUCGCGUUAUGUAGACGUCUACAUACACACGUGUACACGAUAUACACAAACGUGACCGAAAGUGCAGCCGCAUAUCGUGUGCUCCAUUUGUGUCGUAGUGUUAUGAGUGCAGGUCUUGCCAGUUGUCGAGCGCGACUUGGAAGUACUUCCACGAUGAGUGCUGUCCGCUUAUGUAGAAUUUUUACCCGUAUCAGGCCUGCAAUGUUAACGACAAGGCCGUGCAUGCAGCAGGUGGUGUGGUUACCCAUACUUCAGAAUUGUUUGACACUACCAUCAAUAAACUGUGGACUGAAGCAGGUUAUUCCUACAUGCAUGGCAACAAGAAGUUACAGCAAUGAUUCUAUCCCUCCACCUGCUCUUGAUGGAGAGGUCAAAUACUCUGAAAAACUCAACAACAUUGUGCAACAGAUCUCAAGCCUUACAAUUGCUGAAGUAGCAGAUCUAAAUAAAUUAUUGAAGCAAACUUUAGGAAUCCAAGAUACCCCAGUCAUGGCAAUGGGAACAGUAGCAGCACCUGCAGCAUCCCAAGAGGAAGAAGAUGAUGAUGAUGAAGUUACUACUGCUCCCAAGGAAAAGACUCAAUUCACAGUCAAACUGACAAAAUUUGACGAAACAAGCAAAGUCAAACUUAUCAAGCAGAUAAAAGCACUAACAAGUGGUAUGAAUCUUGUACAGGCCAAGAAGUUUGUGGAGUCUGCACCACAGAUUGUAAAAGCUGAUGUCAGUAAAACAGAAGCAGAGGACAUAAAGAAACAAAUUGAGGAGGCAGGAGGAACUUGUGAAAUCGAAUAGGUGUCCUUUAAGGAAAACUUGAGAAAGGCUUUUGUUGUGGUUGCAUUGUGUAUUAGAGUGAGGAUGUUUUUGUAUGUGUCACCUAAUAAUCUUAGAUCUUCAGUGAGCAUCAAAACCUGGAUGUGUUCUGAUUCCCUGUAAGACAGAGCGGAAUACUGCACACACAUUUUCAUUGCGUUUCAUGCUGUUUUAAGUGCAUUCGAUCUUUUUUAUUUUGAUGAUAAUGCAAAUUAAUUGGCAUAUUUAUGAGCAAAGUGUAAUGUCAUCUGAGGCAAAAAACUGAGUGAUAUAGAAAUAUCUGCAUAAAAAUUACAAGUUUUUAUCUAAGUUUAUGAUGGUGUAAACCAGUGAGUAUUACUCUCACAGCUAAUUUCUUAAAUUCAGUAAGGAAAUUUUUGGUUUACGGUUUGAGGGGAAAAUCUCCCAUGACCAAUGUCAUCCUGUGUCAAAGCUCCAACCACCCUCAUUUACUUAAAAAUUGUGGAAAAGUUGAAGGCCACCUGUCAGAGGAAUAUAAGUAGAAGUCAGAUAAUGUAGUUUUCUUGACAUUUAAGAGGAGAAAAAUUGCACAAAUUAUGUUCCCCUGUACAGAUGGUAAAAUGCACAUUACAGACUCCUCAAAAUGCAUCAUGGUCGUUGCAGUAACUUGCUAAUUUGUCCCAAAAUUUGAGGCAUAUAUUUUGAAGUUUACUCAAGGAUGAUUUGCAGUGUUGGUAUGCUUCCCUUGCAGAAAUGUCCCGUGGUACUGUCCCAAUAACCUACACAUUUUGUGGUACCAUAUUUUUUACCAUUGCUACAGGACAUUUUCAGAAGAGUAUGUACAUGUAAUUAGUUCAAACUCCACAGAGUUCAAAUAAAAUUAAUUCGGAAAUUAA